GAAUUUUACAAAAUCUUAAAAACAAAAAAAUUUAAUGAAUCUAAAUUAGUAGAAAUUGCUAAUUUAGAUUUAAACACAAUUCAAAGUAAGUCUAACAAAUUGAAUUUUUUUGAAUGUUUCUUAUUAAGAUUUGUUCAUGUUUAUACAUAUCAACAUUAUAAUGAAUUUACAAGAAAAAACAUUAAAAUCAUUAAUAUACUCAUAGAUUUCUUAAACGUGUAUAUUGAGUUUUAUUUAUAUUUUUUAAAAUUAAAAGAGGUGGUUAAUAUAAUAAACAAUGAUGACAUUGAAAAUUUACAAAGUACAAAAGAAGAAUUUAUUGAUUUAAUUAACAAAAAUUUUCUUUCUCGUUUUAAUUCUUUUACUGAUGAUAAGAAAAAUAAAAAAUAUAAAAACAUUAUUAAUAGUAUAAACAUUCAUUUAAAAGAUAGUCAUUUAAAAGAUAAAAGAUUUUCAUUAGAAAAAAUAAAACAUUCUGAAAUGUUUCAAUAUGUUAUAAAAAUUUCAAAAACAUUUGAUAAUAGACUUGAUAAAAAGAAAAAGAAAAAAAUUCUUAAAUCAAUAACUUAUAUAUAUCUCUGGUAUAUUUAUUCUUCAUGUAAAACAGAUUUAAUUUCAAAAAAAGAUGGUUAUUUUAAGCGUGAAAAACCAAUACUUUUACUUAAUUUUUUUAAUUUAAUAAAUGAACUACCAUGGAAUAUUGAUCAAUAA